CAGAUAUUUUUAAUAUUUAUUCGUAGUCUUUUAAUACUAAUUAAAAUCAUUGAAAUUAGUCGGCAUGAAAUAGUUGUCUUUGGCUAGGGUUGAAAUUAAAUAAGGAAAAGCGAAUAUGAUCAGUUACUCAUUCAUUAGUUAUAAUUUUUUUCGAUUUUCUGAAUUUGCUUAAUUUUUAUUUUAUCAAUUACAUAUAAAAAUGUAUUUAAAUAGAAUUGUUUGGUUUUUUCUUAUCGGUCUGAACGGUGCUCUUUCAUCGAAAGUUUUAGAAUUAAGUGAUAAAUUCAUUGAUAUCAGUAAGGAUGGAAUAUGGUUUGUGAAGUUCUAUGCACCUUGGUGUGCCUACUGCAGCAGAUUAGAGCCAGUUUGGGCACAUGUGGCACAGGGUUUAUUUAAUACUCCUAUAAAGGUGGCUAAAGUUGACUGCACCCGUUUUUCUGCAGUCGCAAGUCAUUUUCAAAUUCGAGCUUACCCAACAAUAAUGUUCAUUCAUGGCUCAUCAACACAUGUGUAUAAUGGGGAAAGAAUCAAGGAAGAUAUGGUUAACUAUGCAUUAAGAAUGGCCAAACCGCCAGUUCAGAAGGUAUCUUAUGCAGAUAGCAUUGAAAAUUUAAAAGAUACACAUGAUAUCUUUUUUGGUUAUAUUGGAGACCACCAGGAUACUCUGUGGGAAGUGUACACAAUUCAAGCUAUUAAAUAUCAACCACAUAAUUGGUUUUAUUCAAUGAGUUAUGAAAUAGUUAAAAAGGACUUAAAACCACCAAAUAGUACCUGUGUUUUUGUUUAUAAGGAUGAUGAUAUAUACUACUUUGCAGCAACACCAGAAUUAAUACAGGAUAAGGAAACAUUGAAUACCACUUUGGAUAAAUGGGUGCAUUCUGAGAGAUUUGGUUUCUACCCUAAAAUCACAAGGUCCAAUUUUAAUGAACUACUGGACAUAGAAAAGUAUUUGGUCAUUACAGUGGUUUCAGAAAACAAACUAAAUGAAAUAUCUCAAACAGAAAAAGAUUUCAAAGAUAUGAUUGAAAGUAUAAUAAGAAAAAGAAAGCAUGAGCUUCACCAUAAAUUUCAGUUUGGUUGGAUGGGCUCCCCAGAUCUGGCAAACUCAAUUGUUAUGUAUGAUUUAUCAGUUCCUCAUAUAAUAGUCCUGAAUUCAACAACCCAUCACCAUCAUUUGCCAGAUGAUGACCCUAUUUUAAUGACGCCUGAGGCUGUAUCAAUGUUCCUUGAUGAAAUACAUAAUGAAAUUGCUCCAGCCUAUGGAGGAAAAAGUUUCAUUGUAAGGCUGUACAGAGGAUUUUACGAAGCCCGGGCUACUGUAAGCAGUAUGUGGCGUGGAAAUCCCAUUUUAACCGCAUUGGUAUUCGGCCUCCCGCUUGGAUUUCUCUCACUACUCUGUUAUUCUAUAUGCUGUGCGGAUAUUUUGGAUGCUGAUGAGGAAGAAUAUUCUGAUCAACACGAGAAGAAGGAUUAGUGAAGGCGUACAAAUAAGUUUAAGUUAAUCUUAAUUAAGUGCAAUUUUAAAUAUUGACACUUUAAUCUAGUUUAAGGGUAGAAUUUUUUAUGCUAGUCUCAUUUAAACGGACCGUAAUCGAUGGAGAAAAAAGUGUAAUCGUAAUUCCUUACGAUGCGACGUUAUAUAAUGAAUGUCUUUUCAAUAUGGCUGCCAGUCGCGUCAACCUAAAUGAUACAAAAUCUAAUCUUAUGAUACACAUGAGUAAUUUUUACCAUUACGACAUACUAAAAAUAAAUUAAUAUACUAUAAUAAUAAGUUAAAACUGGACUAGUUCACAUAACGUGUAUUAUACAAGGCACACAGGUUACAUAAACAGUUCGGAUUAUUAACAAAUUGUAUUUAAUAUGGCAGCAGCCCCACUUUUCACUUCUGCUGCUGCUUCUGCUAUUCGUCCAUCAGUUUGAAAUACCAGUAAAUUGCUGGAGAGAUGCAGUAUAAUUUUGUGCGCUUCUUUCUGCCCUAUACGAACUCGAGAUGUAUACAAACUUCAUAAUAAAUUAUAAUUUUUAUUACGGUAGGCAUCCAAACAAAAUGACAAUAAAAUUAUUUAAUUAUUGUCCUCGAUUUUUUUGUGAAGUCAAAGCCUGAUAUCAUGACAAGUAACUUAAUAUUACCUAAGAAUCAUAAUCUCUAGGAUUGUAUGCCUUUAGUAUAUUUGUAUAUGAAAUAUAAGAAUUUCUGUAAUUCAUAAUUACUAAUUUCUUUAUUAGACAAAGAUUAAGCAUUUACGUGAUUAAUAUAAAUAUUAAAUAGUAUUUAUUCUAGUCUUGAAGUGUCGUGGAUCAUUCAAAUAAAGUAGAAAUAUAGGUACAA